UGACAUCCAUCCAGGGUGGCGGGACCAAGACAACCCGGGCCACGGCGGUGAGAAAAAGAGAGUCUGGAAGAAAAGGGAAAUGAAUGCGAGCUUCUGGACGAGGGAAUGACACCGGGACCGGCCAGCCAUCUGAGUUCCAAAUCAGGAGAAUCGAUUUCCGUGGAAGGCACAGCAAAGCGAGCGAAGAAGUUUGAGAUUCAAGAGAAGACCAGACCUUCCGGAAGCAGCGCUGUGCACACAGAAAGUCUCAGUCUCGGACAUCAGAUUGUGCCGACAGCUGCGAGCAACAGGAGUCGAUGAUGGGAACGAAUUGCAAGGGACGGGAUCGCAACUUGCACAGGAGAGCUGCAACCUGGGCUACGGUCCGUCUUGGCUGUGGCUUGAGAUCGACACGCAUGACGAGCGUUAGCCGUUCGCGUUAGGACCCACUACAGAGCAUCCUCUCCGCGGCAAUCCCUGGGCUGCAUCGACAUCGAGUUUCGGAAAAGAACAAGUUGCGAACAGCCAAACAAGCAUCAACACCUCCCUCUAGACUCAGAACCACUUUGGUCAGAAUGUCCGACGACGGUUACGAUGGCGGAGGAGGGGACGACUUCGACUAUGAUGGCCCUGGUUAUGGCGGAGACGAGACUUUUGAUGAUGGCUACGACGUCAUGGACGAAAGGCAGGAGGGAGAAGGCGAGGGAGAGGGGAACGGCGAAGACGCACAGACGAAUGGUGUGAAUGGUGCCGACCACGACCACGAGAUGGCCAACGGCGAAGGCGAAGGGGCCGCGCCUGCUGGGACAGGAAUUGCGGGUGAACGACAAGCAAAUAAAGUCCGAAUCACGACACCGUAUCUCACGAAAUACGAGCGUGCACGGAUAUUGGGUACUCGAGCUCUACAAAUUAGUAUGAAUGCACCGGUCUUAGUCCCACUCGACGGCGAGACAGACGCUCUCCAAAUCGCCAUAAAAGAGCUUUCGCAGCGCAAAAUCCCCCUGAUCAUCCGACGGUAUCUGCCCGAUGGCAGUUUUGAGGACUGGAGCGUCUCAGAACUCAUAACCGACUGACCAUGGACCAUCCUGUAUACCUGUAUGUAUUCUGACUCUCUUACAAUGCUAUCGAUUUCAUAUAGUACACAAUGUGUCGCGGUCCAAAAAGUAUGCUACGGGGAUAGAAA